UGUCCUGUCCUGUCCCUCCCUCCCUCCCUCUCAACAUUGAAUAAACAGUUAUGUUUACUAAAAGAAAUGAGAAAAGCCCCCUUUCUUUUGUAUUUGCUGACUAGAUUCACAUAUAAAAAGAAAGUCUCAGAUUUUAGUUCGUGGAAAGAGAGAGAAUUCUAGUCAAGAAAAGAGAUUGUACUCCCCCAAUGAUUUGGUUCUUGAAGAAUGAGAGUUUCUGAUUAAAGAAAAAGAAAACGAAAGGAAAACCGUUUUGAAGACUCUAGAUAAUUAAGCUCAAAGUUGUUUCCUUUUUUCUUGUAUCUAUCUUUGAAUUCUUGAGAUUAAGCUCGAUACUACUGCAAGGUUAUAUCUUUUGUAUCUUGGUAGAAUCCAACUGGUUUUUUUAGAUGGGGAUUUGCUGGGGUUCUUCUGCUCAUAGUCCUACUACACCUUCUACCACCGGUCAUCUAAGUACAGCAGGCAUAUCCCAGACAACUAGCGAUACUGCUUCUUCUGGGGUGAGCAAUGCAACGUCGUCUAGGGGCAGCAACAUCUCUGCACACAGCCGGUUUUCGGCUGGGAGUGGUGAUGAGGAGUUCCCAAAUGGGCAGAUUUUGCCUACCCCCAACUUGCGGAUAUUUUCUUUUGCAGAACUAAAGGUUGCCACCAGGAAUUUUAAAUCUGAUACUUUGCUUGGCGAGGGAGGUUUUGGUCAAGUCUACAAAGGAUGGCUUGACGAGAAGGCGCCAGGGAGAAUUGGAAGUGGAACUAUAAUUGCUGUUAAAAGAUUGAAUUCCGAGAGCUUGCAAGGAUUUGAAGAAUGGCAGUCGGAGGUAAAUUUCUUAGGAAGGCUUUCUCAUCCCCACCUUGUAAGGCUGAUAGGAUACUGCUGGGAGGUUAAGGAACUUCUCCUUGUUUAUGAAUUCAUGCAGAAGGGAAGCUUGGAGAACCAUUUAUUUGGAAGGGGUUCAGCUGUUCAGCCACUUCCAUGGGACACACGGCUCAAGAUUGCCAUAGGAGCAGCUAGAGGCCUUGCUUUCUUGCACACAUCAGAUAAGCAAGUGAUUUACAGAGAUUUUAAAGCCUCCAAUAUACUGCUUGAUGGGGCUUACACAGCAAAAUUAUCAGACUUUGGCUUGGCAAAAUUGGGCCCUUCAGCUAGUCAAUCACACGUGACAACACGGGUGAUGGGAACCUAUGGUUAUGCAGCUCCUGAAUAUGUUGCAACAGGGCAUUUAUAUGUAAAAAGUGAUGUAUACGGUUUUGGGGUUGUCCUGGUUGAGAUUCUGACUGGCUUACGGGCACUUGAUAUAAACCGUCCAAGUGGGAGACAUUCUCUGGUGGACUGGAUCAAGCCAUAUUUAUCUGAUAAAAGAAAAUUGAAGAGCAUUAUGGAUUCUCAUUUAGAGGGUAGAUAUCCUUCCAAAGCAGCACUGCAAAUAGCUCAGCUUGCUCUAAAUUGUCUUGAAUCUGAACCCAAGCACCGUCCACAUAUGAAACAAGUUGUGGAAACUUUAGAACGAAUUGAAGCAUCCAAGGAGAGACAAGGACAGACUAGAACUCGUCCUAACCGUUCUAAGUCUCACCAAAACGGCCAGCAACCCUUGCAAUAUCACUCUCCUCUUCAUCCAAUUCCGGAUCGAAGUCGAGGCUACCAACACUCUCCGCGAGCAAGGUAAUCCGACCACAGCCAAUGAACACGGUCCUACAAAUUACGAUCAUUCUUUCUACAUUACAAUUUAUAAUUUCUUGGUUUAUGUAAUUCAUAGAAUCUAUAGCGAGUUUUGAAUCUAUAGCGAGUUUUGUUACUGCAAUGGAGACUGAGCAUAUGAGUAUAUCAGCCAUGAGCAUGUAAUUAUUUUUAGCAGAGAUGUGGGGUUGUGGUGAGAAGCAUAUAAACAAUGUAGCUGUACUAUUUAGGAAGGGAAUUCAUUAUUGUCUGGCCAUAAAACCCUUCCUUGGGCUGUCAAUUUUAUACAGUCAGACUAACCUGGAUAUCAUCCAAUGAAUGGUGCAAAAAUCAUUUGUUUCA